UGCAGAGUGAAGUGAAAAACGUGAAAUGGAAUUGCACACACCAAAGCGUGAGACGCGUCUUUUGACGGAAGCGUUACCGUGUAGUCCACCAAUGUGCGACAGCAUGCUUUAUCCAUGGAACUGGAGCGAAGAGGCAAGAAAUGUAAAUCUUAGUCCAGGUAGCUCGUGCUCCUCACCGGAAUAUAGAGAGCAUAGUGUGGUGACCACGCGAACCGGGCCUCGAUCACGUUCCGGGGGCUCAGAAAGUCAUCGUCGUGGUCGACCAAGGGCUGAUGCACUUUCAAAUCUUAUGAUGCAAGGAAGUACCUCUCCGAGUAGUAUAAAGUGUACUUAUUGUAGCCGCGUAUUUCCACGAGAAAAGAGCCUUCAAGCACAUUUACGUACUCACACAGGAGAACGUCCAUAUCCAUGUGAUUAUCCUGGAUGUACAAAAGCCUUUACUCAAUCAGGACAAUUAAAAACUCAUCAACGACUUCAUACAGGAGAAAAACCUUUUUUAUGUACAGAACCUGGCUGUGAAAUGAGAUUUACACAUGCCAAUAGGCAUUGUCCAGAUCAUCCAUAUGCUACUCUUACACGAUCUGAUGAUUUUGUGUUAAAACCAGUGUCAGAAAAUACUGAGUUACCUCAUGAUGUUAGUAGAUGGUUAGAACGUUACAAAAUGUCAAGGGAAAGGGAAGAUAGAACACCUACAGGAAAGAAUGAACGUAAGAAAAAGACAUGGAAAAGUAGCUCAGAAAAUCACAAAAGAGUUAAGUCCAGAAAAGGUCUAAUGAUGGAUGCAACAGGAGAGCAAGAAAAUCUAGAUUGCAAGCAGUCCAAUCAAAGAUUGUAUUGUGGAGAAAGUCAGGACAGUCAAGAAGAGAGUCAAGAUGAAGAUCCAGCAGUAUUACAGACAUCUGAAGACGAAGAAAUAGCAACAAAGUUAGCAAUUACUCCCUUAAGAAGACCAUUAGAUAGACUUCAACCAAAGAAAAGAUGGUUACGUGAAGCUUGUUUAGAACAACAACUAGCUAAACCUUUAAAUUGGGAUACUAAGCCUAUUAAUGUACCUACAACCACUUCAUUUAAAAUUAAUGGUAACCAAAUGCAUUGGAGCUCACCUACUGAUAACUCAUCUGCUUUGUUAGAUAAUUCAUGUUUAAAUGCAUGUAAAGAAAUUGAAUUUACAAAAUCAGAGGUAGAUUCCUCUUAUACAUCUGCUCAGAUAUCUUGGGAUGCAACUGCUGAAAAUGAAUCUCUAGAACCGCCUACAAAAGAAGAACAAAGAUAUACAUUUGAAACAACAAAUACAUUAUCUCAAAACAUUUGGAAUUCUUCACAGCAUCAUGUGAAUAAUUUUUCAGAUAAUAUAAACCAAAUGAAAACCAAUAUUAACCACUCUACUUCUAAACUUGAGUCUUCCAAGAGUCCAAGUCAUGUAUAUUGGGAUAAUAAUUUAACCAAUGAAACGUCCAAAUCUCAAAUGAAUCAGACUAAUGUAAAAAUACAGGAUUUUGCUCAAAAAGAUAUUUCCAAACAAAAUAUAUACAUGAAUUCUCAUAUUAGCGAAAAUGUAACAAGACCUACUGUUUUAAUGUUAGCUGGAAGUUUUAAUAAUAAUAACAACAAUAAUAAUAACAAUAAUAAAGAUACAAUUUCAAAAUUACCAUCAAUGGAAUCUGAAACAGGAUUAAAAGUAGUUGUUAAGCAGGAAGAUAAUCUUAUCAAGUUACCAAUUCCUGAGGAUAGUCAAAAAUGGCUAGGAGCUUUAGCUUUGAUGGAAUUAGCUAAAAAUCAAGAAGAGACAGGAAGAGGUUUAAUAAUACAAAUUUAUUUAUUAUUAUCGGCUAUAUCAUAUAACGAAAAAAAAUUUGUGUGA